AUACAAUGAGGGACUUUACUUAGACUAGAGAGUUGCGUAAACUAUUUUAUAUGAUAAGUAAGUUUAGGCCAUCAGACGACUGAUGGAACGAUGAAUUUCUGACGUCAUUUAAGCGGACGGCGCUCAGCUCUCAUCCACCCAACUGCCAGCGUCUCCCGCAAUGAUUUGCAUACAAAUGACAUACAUUCUGCUUUCGCCAAUCAGAGGACAAGUAUCUUCGGAGAGCCCUCCCCUGCUAGUCAUAUGUUUGCCAGCGCCCUCCCAGUUAGACAUGCAAUUAGAUGAUCAGCCUUUAUAGUGGGAAAUCCUUAUUUAUGACUUCAGGGUGAAUCGAUUUUAUAUCAGUGAUCGUUGUGAGGAGAUUUUUGAUCUUACUGUCAUAUUUUCGAGUCAUCAGAAUACGCCAAAAUGGGCUGCGCCGGUUUCACCUGCUCCAAACAUUCUCUCUGCGCGCUCAACAUCCUCUAUGUGAUGGUGAGUCUUCUGAUGAUUGGCAUCGCAGCGUGGGGGAAGUGGUUUGGCCUGGUGUCUAGUUUCCAGGUGGUGGGGGGAAUCAUCGGAGUGGGGGUCUUCCUUUUCUUCGUGGCCCUGGCCGGGCUCAUCGGAGCCAUGAAGCACCACCAGGUCCUCCUUUUCUUCUACAUGAUCAUACUGUUCAUGGUUUUCAUCGUCCAGUUCUCCGUCUCCAGUGCCUGUCUGGCUAUCAACAAAGACCAGCAGGAGCAUCUGCUGGAGGUGGGAUGGAACAAUUCUCAAGCCACGCAGGGAGAUGUGGAGAAGAAUCUUAACUGCUGCGGCUUCCGACAUGUGGAGGUCAACAUGACCUGUGAUGCGGCGUGUUUCCCUAACCACUCCUGCACACCCUGCGGUGAUAAGAUCCAGAAGCAUGCUGGGGAGGUGCUCCGCUUCGUAGGAGGGAUCGGCCUCUUCUUCAGCUUCACUGAGAUCCUGGGGGUGUGGCAGACGUACAGGUACAGGAACCAGAAAGACCCACGCGCAAACCCCAGUGCUUUCCUGUAACCGCGAGCAAUCUUGUUUUGUCCCUUUGCACUGUCACCUCCCACCUUCUGGAUGUUCUAGAGGAUACGUUUGUAAAUAAAAAGGCCGUCGGGACGGACGUGGUCCGUUUUUUAAGCAUUCAACUUUUUUUAAGGCGUGUGAGACUAUUCCUCUGCUACGUGAAGGGUGUGUGUGUGUAAACACUCUAAGGACAUAUUCCCUUAAGGAAUCUACGUCUUCAAUCAAUAUGGCUAAUGUCGUAUGAUGAAGAACCGAUGUGGUUUCGUUGGCAUGUGGACCGAUGAGUUGAAGUAUGUGUAUAUUUGAUUUGAUACUCAACUGCAGACUGUUUGUCAGUAAUCGUAUGCUGUAUAUUCUCUACUACUAUUUAUGCAUUUUGUUUUGCUUGCUGGUAUUGAACCUUACUGCCUAGAUUUGCAUAAUGUUUUGUUAGUUUCCUGUAUAACAUUUGUAUUCAAAUAUUCUUAAUUUGAAAUUUGCAAAAAAAAAUGUCAGUGCUUCUGUUAAUGCAAUAAUCCAAAGCCUCAAGCUGCUGUUGUACAGUGGAACUAUGGA